CCUUCAUCAUCGUUACCCUCAAUUUGAACACGACAAUCUAUAAAUACAAGUUCAAAAGCAGAACACCAACAUCGUACUAUCUUAUAGCCACCAUCCACAUCCAAUUUUAAUCAUCGUCAUCCCCACAGAAAAUCAAACCAAACCAAACCAAACCAACCAAACUAGUGAUCUAAGUUAUGGAAGCUUAUUCCAGCUCUUACCCUGCAGCGUCCAAAUCUAAUUCUCUGCUUCAUUCUGUGAGGAAGGCACAAGCAAAACCUUGGAAGAAGGCGCCGGUGGCACCAGUGGCACCGACACCGAUCAGAGUGUACAAGGUGGAUGCUAUCAACUUCCGCGACCUUGUUCAGCGGCUUACGGGUGCACCCGAAUUCAACCCUGAACUGCAUAAUCAACUUUUCCAAAGGGUUUCACCUAUUGCUACCGCGCCCCCAAGCAGAGACAACAUCGUUGCACCACCCUCAACUGUGUCCUCCACGAACUGGUACCAGGGGCAGAAACCUCAAACAUUGGAAUUGAAUUUAUCAUCUUCCUCUCCUUAUAACUGGUGCUCUGUCCCUCGCACCACCCAAGGAACCAUGGCCACCUUGGAACCGGGUCGGGUUCUUUAGUUUUUCUAUAACUUCUUUUUUUCUUCUUAAUGCUAUUAUAAUGAAAUAACAUAAUUUAAACCAUCUCCUUUAGCUAUAUAUGUUCAAUCAUUUUCUCUGAUGCAGAUAGUUUUUGUCCACAAUUUGUUUCUUCUGGACUUCAACUAUCUAGAUCUAGGAUCCAGCAUAUGCUAGCUAGCUACACCUUUUUUUCAUUUAUGUACUCUUAUGUAUAGAUGAAAAAAUAUAAAUUGAAUAAAAGUUGAAAAGUUUGGUUGAUCA